UCUAAGGGCAACAGGGAAAGAAUGGGAUGGCAGCUUGUAACUAGGGCAACGGUGGUGGCUUCUGCGACAAGAGGGAAGCAAAGUGAGAUUGCAGAAUGCAGCUGAAGCACUUGAAAACCCUGUUGACGCCGCAGGAUGGUGCUGCAAAAGUUACAUGUAUGUCAUGGGCACCCAAUAACACCAAAUUUGCAGUCUGCACGGUAGACAGAGUUGUUCUUCUCUACGAUGAAAAUGGAGAAAGAAGAGAUAAAUUCUCCACUAAACCCGCUGAUUCUAAGUAUGGCAAGGAAAAGCUACGUGGUCAAAGGGAUGGCCUUUUCACAGAUUCCACCAAAAUAGCCAUUGGGCAGACAGACUGUAUCAUUUAUGUUUAUAAAAUUGGAGAAGAAUGGGGUGACAAGAAGGUUAUCUGCAACAAGUUUGUGCAAACGAGUGCUGUUACAUGUCUGAUUUGGCCAGCAGAUCAAGCAAUUGUUUUUGGAUUGGCUGAAGGAAAGGUUCGCUUAGCUAACACAAAAACAAAUAAGUCCUCAACCAUUUAUGGAACAGAUUCUUAUGUGGUUUCAUUAACUUCAAACUCUUCCGGUAAAGGGAUUCUGUCUGGCCAUGCAGACGGGACUAUUGUGCGUUACUAUUUUGAUGAUGAAGGGGCGGGUGACUCACAGGGUAAACUAGCUACUCACAGUUGUCCACCUUAUGCCUUAGCUUGGGCUUUAAAUAGCAUUGUAGCUGCUGGAUGUGAUAAGAAAAUCAUUGCCUAUGGUAAGGAGGGCAACACUAUCCAACAGUUUGAUUAUGGCCGAGAUUCAACAGAAAAAGAGUUCACAGUAGCUGCCACCAGCCCUAGUGGACAGUCUAUCGUCAUUGGGAGCUAUGACAGGCUCAGAGUUUUAAAUUGGAGUCCUCGUAGAAGUGCUUGGGAUGAGUCUAGACCAAAGGAGAUCCCAAACCUUUAUACUAUUACUGCCCUAGCUUGGAAAAAGGAUGGUUCUAGAUUGUGUGCGGGUACACUUUGUGGAGGUGUCGAACAGUUUGAUUGCUGUCUACGUAGAUCUAUUUAUAAGAACAAAUUUGAAAUGACGUAUGUUGGCCUCAGUCAGGUUAUAGUAAGGAAUCUUUCCACUGGCACCAGAGUGGUGCUGAAAUCUCAUUAUGGAUAUGAAAUUGAUGAAGUGAAGAUCAUGGGAAAAGAUCGAUUUCUGGUCGCUCAUACAACUGACACAUUACUUCUAGGAGACUUGGCUACCAAUAAACUUAGUGAGGUUGCUUGGCAAGGGUCUGGUGGAAAUGAGAAGCUUUACUUUGACAAUGAAAAUGUCUGCAUGAUCUUCAAUGUUGGUGAAUUGACACUUGUUGAAUAUGGCAACAAUGACAUUUUGGGAUCAGUUAGAACUGAGUUCAUGAACCCUCACUUAAUUAGUGUUCGCUUGAAUGAACGCAAACAAAGAGGGGUAGAAGACAAUAAGAAAUUGGCAUAUCUGGUUGACAUUAAAACAAUAGCAAUUGUGGAUCUAUUAUCUGGUUAUAACUUGGGUGCUGUAAGCCAUGAUACAAAAAUUGACUGGUUAGAGCUGAAUGAAACUGGACGCAAGCUGCUUUUCAGAGACAAAAAACUCGGUCUGCACCUGUUUGAUAUAGAAGACAACAUAAAGACAACAAUCUUGAAUUAUUGCACCUAUGUUCAAUGGGUACCUGGCAGUGAUGUAGCAGUGGCCCAAAAUCGUAGCAAUCUUUGUGUCUGGUACAAUAUUGAUUCUCCUGAGCGAAUUACAAUGUUUCCACUUAAGGGUGACAUUGUGGAUCUGGAGCGGAGUAAUGGUAAAACAGAAGUCAUAGUCACUGAGGGAGUGAAUACUAUUUCUUAUACUCUGGAUGAAGGGCUGAUUGAAUUUGGCACGGCGAUUGAUGAUGGAGAUUACAAUAGGGCUACUGCUUUUCUGGAAACAUUGGAGAUGUCAUCAGAGACUGAAGCCAUGUGGAAAACAUUAAGCAAACUUUCAUUGGAAGCACAGCAAUUACAUAUUGCAGAGAGAUGUUUUGCUGCUCUGGGGGACGUAGCUAAAGCUCAGUUUCUUUGUGAGACUAACCGGAUUGCAGACCAAGCAGCAAAAGAAUAUGGAGGUGAUGGCACAGACAAUUACCUUGUUCGUGCACGAUUGGCUAUGUUGGAGAAAAACUACAAAUUAGCAGAAAGUUAUUAUCUGGAACAGAAUGCUGUUGAUAAAGCCAUGGAUAUGUACCAGGAGCUACACAUGUGGGAUGAAUGUAUUAAUGUUGCUGAAGCCAAGGGUCACCCAGAAUUGGACAGUCUAAGACGUAAUUAUUAUCAGUGGCUGAUGGAGACAAAUCAGGAUGAAAAGGCAGGAGAAGUGAAAGAAAAUGAAGGAGAUUACAUUGGGGCUGUCAAUCUCUAUCUGAAAGCUGGUCUCCCUGCAAAAGCUGCCCGUUUAGUUCUGAGUCGGAAUGAACUUUUAGCGAACAAUGAUGUUAUGAAUCGAAUUGCUGCUGCCCUGAUUAAAGGAGAUUUCUAUGAAAGGGCUGGAGAUCUCUAUGAAAAAGUUGGAAAUUACCAAAGAGCAUUGGAUUGUUAUCGUAAGGGAAGUGCAUUUCGCAAAGCAGUGGAAUUGUCCAGAACAGUUUUUCCAUCUGAGGUUGUGAAGUUAGAGGAGGCCUGGGGAGACUAUCUUGUACAACAGAAACAGUUGGACGCUGCAAUUAACCAUUUUAUUGAAGCUGGUUGUUCUGUAAAGGCAAUUGAAGCAAGUAUUGGAGCUCGGCAGUGGAAAAAAGCAGUCCAUAUUCUGGAGCUUCAAGAUGACAAAACAACUUAUAAAUAUUAUCAUAAAAUAGCUCAGCACUAUGCCUCAGUUCAAGAAUAUGAGACUGCGGAAAAAAUGUACAUUAAAGCUGACCGAAUCAAGGAUGCCAUUGACAUGUACAAGCAAGUGGGAUGUUGGGAGAAGGCUCACAAGUUAGCUGUGAAGUGUAUGAAGCAGGAAGAUGUUGCUGUUCUGUACAUAAAUCAAGCACAAGAGUUGGAAAAGAAAGGAAAAUACAAAGAAGCUGAAAGGUUGUACAUUACUGUGGAUGAACCUGAUUUAGCAAUCACAAUGUAUAAGAAGCUUAAAAUGUAUGAUGACAUGAUUCGACUUGUGGCUAAAUAUCAUAAAGAUCUACUUACAGAUACCCACCUUCAUCUUGCAAAGGAACUGGAAAGUGAAGGCCGUUUUCGAGAAGCUGAGUACCAUUACUUGGAAGCGAAAGAAUGGAAGGCAAUUGUGAAUAUGUACCGUGUUAAUGACAUGUGGGAUGAAGCAUAUAGGGUUUCUAAAGCCCAUGGGGGUGCAAAUGCUCACAAACAGGUGGCCUACUUAUGGGCUAAAAGUCUGGGAGGAGAGUCGGCAGUUAAAUUGUUGAAUAAAUUUGGUCUUCUGGAAACAGCAAUUGACUAUGCAGCUGAUAACUGUUCUUUCGAGUUUGCGUUUGAAUUAUCACGACUGUCAAUGAAAAAUAAAAUCCCAGAUAUUCAUCUCAAAUAUGCCAUGUAUCUGGAAGAUGAGGGUAAGUUUCAAGAGGCAGAAAUUGAAUUCAUUAAAGCAGGAAAGUCUAAGGAGGCUGUUCUCAUGUAUGUACAUAACCAGGAUUGGGAUGCAGCCCAGAGAGUGGCAGAAGCUCAUGACUCAGACAGUGUAGCUGAUGUCCUGGUGGGUCAGGCACGAUUUGCCUUUGACCAGAAAGAAUAUCAAAAGGCUGAGGCUUUCCUCUUGAGGGCUCAAAGACCAGAACUGGCUGUCAAAUAUUACAAGGAUGUUGGAAUGUGGAGUGAUGCAAUAAAAAUUUGUAAAGAAUACAUCCCCAACAAGCUGGAACAACUUCAGGAGGAAUAUGAACAGGAAGCAAUUAAGAAAGGAACAAAGGGAAUUGAAGGAAUAGUUGAACAAGCCAGAGAAUGGGAGCAGUCAGGAGAAUAUAUCAGGGCUGUGGAAUGUUACCUCAAAGUCAAGGAAACAAAUAACCUGGCUCUGAUGGAGAAGUGCUGGAUGAAGGCUGCUGAAUUGUCCAUCAAAUUCUUAAACCAGGAAAAAGCUCUUGAUGUUAUUCAGACAGUUGGUCCUCGGUUAAUUGAAAUACAGAAAUAUAAUUCGGCAGCUGAAUUGUUCCUCAAUGUGGAUCUCAUAAAAGAAGCCAUAGACUGCUUCAUAGGAGGGGAAGAAUGGAACAAAGCCAAGCGUGUGGCAAAGGAACUUGAUCCCAGAUUUGAAGACUAUGUUGACCAACGCUAUAAGGAACAUUUGAAAAAUCAAGGCAAAGUGGAUUCACUGGUUGGAGUGGAUGUAAUAGCAGCACUUGACAUGUAUGUUGAACGAGGACAAUGGGAAAAAUGCAUAGAAACUGCCAAUAAGCAGAAUUACAAAAUUCUUCACAAGUAUGUGGCUUUGUAUGUUACGCACCUUAUUAAAGAAGGUCAUUCGGAAAAGGCAUUAAAUCUAUACGUUCAACAUGGUGCUCCUGCUAAUACACAAAAUUUCAAUAUAUACAAACGGAUUUUCAUGGAUGUAAUAAACAUGCCAGAUAUAAAUAGUGCAGAUGCCUACAGGACAUGGGCUGAUCUUCGCAAUGUACUCUUCAAUCUGUGUGAAAACCUGGUUAAAUCUUCAGAGGCUAAUUCUCCUGCUCAUGAAGAAUUUGAGCAGAUGCUACUGAUUGCACACUAUUAUGCCACCCGUGCAGCGUCACUGGGAGUCAAUCAACUGGACAUGGUUGCUGCAAAGUUAUCCAUCUCUUUGCUGCGGCACACAGACAUCAUCCCUGCUGACAAAGCAUUUUAUGAGGCUGGCAUGGCAGCAAAGGUAGUCGGAUGGGAGAACAUGGCUUUCAUAUUCCUGAAUCGUUUCCUGGAUCUUAGUGAUGCAAUCGAGGAAGGGAAUCUUGAUGCACUGGAUCAUUCUGAUUUUCAGCAAACUGAUAUUCCGUUUGAAAUACCUGUCCCUGCAAAGCAACAUGUUUUGGAUGACAGGCGGGAAGAGAUUAGGGACUGGGUUCUCACUGUUUCAAUGGACCAGCGAGUCGAGCAGGUCCUACCAGUUGACGAACGAGACACUUAUGAAGCCUCCUUAACAGCUGUAAAUACUGGCAUCCGUUCUCUUCCUUGUGUAAUAACAGGUUAUCCCGUACUUCGGCACAAAAUUGAAUUCAAAAAACCUGGGAAGGCAGCAAACAAAGAUGACUGGAACAAAUUCCUCAUGGCUGUGAAAACAACUCACAGUCCAGAGUGUCAAGAUGUUUUGAAGUUUAUCAGUCAGUGGUGUGGAGGCCUUCCCAGUGCUAGUUUCUCCUUCCAGUGAAGAAGGGUUGCUGCCUGAUCUGUUGUGUGUUCCUAGUUUUUUCUAUUUUUAUAUAAAACUUCAGCAUCUGCAGUACUUUGUUCUAAGAUUAUCUUCAGGAUUUUCUGAAUGAGACUGAAGAAUUUGGCAGUUUUGUACUUUGGGUCAGAUAUGUAUUGAAGUUGGCCAAACUCAUUUCACGUCAUACCCUAUAAGUGAGAAGAAAAUCAUUUUCAUCACGUCACUCAGGAUGGAUUCAGAAGUGUGGAUAAUAGCUUUUGUUAAUCUAUGAAGCAAACCGAAUUUAUUUCUCUAUGGUUGUUCUUUUUUUUAAAAAGCUAUAUCAAUGUUCAGGUCAACGUAAUCUGGAGGAACAGUACCUUAUCAUUCGACAAGACGCUUUGCAGCCUUCUGGACUCUGAGUUCAAUUUCAAAUACUCCAGCUAAAGCAUUUUUGUUUCUUCACUUUGGUAAAUGCCACUCCUUUCUGCUGUAUACAUUCAGCUCUUUUAUUAUUUAGUCUUUGCUGCAUUCUUUCCUAUAUAGGACCUUCCCUUUUGUUCUACCUCCCUUCUCCCAUUCUUUGAAUCUUGAAGCUUUCUUAUCAACAACUUUUUCCAAUUCUGAUUGAUGGACAUUGACCUCUCCACAGCGGCCCCUGACCUGUUGAGUAUCUCUGGCGUUUUCUGUUUCAUGUCAGGUUUUCAGCAUUUGCAAUAUUUUGCUUUUGUCUUAUUGUUUAUUUGGUAGUUGAUUGAGGAAUAAAAACACCUGAGACAAUUUUCCUAAUUUUCAGUAAGGUACUGCAAUGGUGUCUUUUUCACUCACCUGAGCAAGUACAUGGGAGUUUAACAUUCCUUAACGGAGAAAAAUCUGAAAUAAAAACAGCGUGAACUUGAAACACUCAGUAGGCCUGUCAACAUCUGAGUCAAAAUGAUGAAAUUCCCUACAUUAUAUGAUAAGGAAACCACCUACAAUACACAGUUGCAUCAGUUUAAAACGUUGGCUACAGUGAUCUUCUCUAAGGUGGAUGUGAUUGGGCAAUGUUACAUCCCAAGAACUAAUUGUAAAAUGGUUGUAAGCUGAAAUUUCUUCAGUUUUUCCAAAUUCAAAAGGUUACUGUAACUUUAUUUAAAAGCUGCAAGAAAUGCUAGUUAUUUGAACCAAAGAAAUGAUUGAAGUAGGAGGAAGACAUUUUUUCAAUCAUGUAUGCUUUGGCAAGCAUUUUAUGCUAUUUACACAUUCAUCAACAUCUCUCAAAUUUAUAAUUAGCUGGGCAGAUAAAUGAUUAUAAUUUACAGGUUAUAGGUUUUUUUAAGUUUUUCCCUGGCACUCAAUAAUCCUAUGAAAAUACAGUUUCAAUCUAACAUUGUGUCUAUGUUGCCAUUCCCUACUAAUUUUAUUGCAUAGAUAGUUGUAUAAUCCCAGCAGCAUAGCAACUGCAAUGAUUCUUAGAGAAUUUGAUCCCUUUGUACAUAGUCUUCCAAUCUUCAGUCUUUAUUGAACCAGAUAUUUAUCCAGGUUUUUGUUUAUUCACAAAUUGAUGAGCAGAUGUGAGUUAUCUACCAAAAAUAACUGGGGCUUGUAGCAAUUUGCAACUAAUUCAUGGUGAUUGGACAACACACAAAUUUAUGUUGCAUGCUCAACAAUUUACCCACACUGCUUAUCACCCUCAGAAAAGCCCCCAAAUUUGGAGACCUAACCUGUAGACCUGGACACAGUGAAACAAAUAGUCCAUUGAUCUCCCAUUUGGUAAAAUGCAAUCAGUGUAUUUAAGUUCAAAAGCUAUAGUCAGCAACCGAUCUUAUACACUACUCAAUUCAUCACACAUCUCCUAACAAUUCCUGUCAAUCAGGGCUUAUACAAUACAUUUAUAUGCUUCACUGUAUCUCACAAUUGGCACUGCUGCAUGUAUCUCACCCACAUGUCACAACUUGCACAUAGUGCCAACUAUUCAACCAUGAUAAGCAUAUUAUCCAAAUACAUUGUAUGUUGUCGAGCUUCAUGAAUGUUUUUGGAACUUGAGGUUAGCAUAGAGGCAGGAUCUGUAUGUUGUGAGCAGGGUAUCUGAGACCAGGUUAGCUGGCAAGGACAGUGCAGAUGCCAUUUCACCAGAGAUUGAGGUCAUGGACAAGUUCUCCUGCAGUGGAAUUUGGUGAAGACUUUCAAAGGGUGGGUGAAAGAAGAAGGCUGGUGUGUAUUUACAGUCAAAUAUUCGGCACAUUAGCAGGCCAACCAGCAAGCCCACACACUGUCAAGGAGCAUGGAAGAGACCAACACAGGUCUUGCAUAGAGAAUAGAGGUCUCCUUUUCAACGUGCAAGGUGCGAGCAUCUUUGUUAGCACACGUGGACAUAAAUGUAAUGCAGCCCCUGAAGGGCAAUGCUUAAACUGCAAAGGAAGACGGGAUUUCUUUCAUGCAGCCUCAUCUUGUCACGAUGACUCCGGAUAGGAGCUGAUGGAGUGUCACGGCAUAUCAGCAAUCAGACCUUCAACAAAUGUUAGGGUUUCAGACGCACCAAGGGGGUGGUAGCUGCUCCAUAAAUCUGCUGUCCUCUCAGGAUAAAAGCACUCAGAAUCCCACCACUGCCAAUCUAUAGGUGGGUUCGCUAUGUGUCCAGCCAGUCCCAACUGCUUUGCUUGUUCUGAGCAUGUUUGCACAAAAGUUGGAGAUCCUUAGCACUGGGCUACUCCAAGUUAUCCUCCAAGUCCGUCUGCCAUCUCCUCCCACUGAAAAUCAGCAGCCUUCUGUCAACCCUGCUGGGUGACUUAGGUAACACUACACAGGAGCAUUAGGACGGACAAAGACAUGCAGAAGAUGGCACUAAGAGAAGUAUGAAAGAUGACUAGUUGACAUUUGUAUGUAAAUUGGCAUGUAUUGAUUUAUAACUCUUGUUCACUAUAUUUUGUGUUAGCUUUUGCUUUCAUGUUUUGGUUGAGUAGGCUCCAUCAUUGGGUAGCAACAGAAAGGAAGUGAGAAGUCCAGUGGCUGAGAGAGAGUCUGAUGCUCCAGCAUCUGACCUUCAGCUUGUCUCUGACUUUCACCUCUCAAUGUGCAGAUGUGCAAGUUGGAGACAAAGCUGACUUGUGAAGAUGAUGUUCCCAAUAGUUCUUUACAGAACCAUUGAGGUAAUUAUAAUGUGGAUAACAAAUAAAAAUGCAGAUGUUGGAAUCUGAAAUAAAAAUAAAUGAUGGAAGAACUCAUCCAGUCAGGCAAUAUCUGUGAAAGAGAAACCAGUUUUGGGUCAGCUACCCUUCCUCAGGACGCUGGCCCUCCAUUCACUGGCCUCUCUGUCCACAGAUGCUGCUUGACUAGAUGGGUUCUUCCAGCAUUUCCUAUAAUGUGGUUUAUUGCUUGAGCAUCCUAAUGAUUGGUUUUAU